AUGACCGUCCCAACCACCAUCGACCCCAAAGAUAUCCAGGCCCACCUGGCCCAGUUCCAGGGCGACAGCUAUCGAGAGGGCUGGGCCUCGCUCUGGGACAAGGGCGAAGGUCUGCCCUGGGACCGCGGCUUCCCCAAUCCCGCCCUGGAGGACGCCCUGGUCCAGCGCCGCGCCACCAUUGGCGGGGCCAUCGGCCAGGACGCGCAGGGUCAGUCGUACAGACGGAAGGCCCUCGUACCUGGCUGCGGCAGGGGUGUCGAUGUGCUACUGUUGGCGAGCUUCGGCUUUGAUGCCUACGGUCUCGAAUACAGUACCACCGCCAUCGAGGCCUGUAAGAACGAGGAGGCCGAGAAUCACAGCUGGUAUCGGGUCCGAGACCAGAAGAUCGGUCAGGGAAAAGUCACCUUUGUGCAGGGUGAUUUCUUCAACGAUGCCUGGCUGCAGCAGAUCGGAGUGCCGCUGAACGCUUUUGAUAUCAUUUAUGAUUACACGUUUUUCUGUGCUCUGGAGCCAUCGCUGCGUCCCAAAUGGGCUCUCCGACACACACAGCUUCUGGCUCCCUCGCCGGCGGGUAACUUGAUCUGCCUCGAGUUCCCCCGUCAGAAGGACCCCAAGGCAGCGGGACCCCCGUACGCCGCACCGUCGGAGACAUACGUGGAGCACCUGAGUCACCCGGGUGAGAAUAUUCCUUACAAUGACCAGGGUAUUAUCAAGCAGGAUCCUCUCCGUGCCCCGAGCAAGGGUGGCCUCGAGAGAGUGGCCUACUGGCAACCUGAGCGGACCCACGAGAAUGGUUUGGACGAGAAUGGCAAGAUCGAGGACAGAGUCUCCAUCUGGCGCCUACGCAAUUAA